AUGUCCGAAGAGAACUCUGUGCCAAACGAUUCGCCUGUUCAACGAUACCUAGAUCAAAAGGUGGAGCAUUUGUUCUCUGGGUUAAGUGUUGCAUCUCACUCACAAUCUCUAAAGUUAGAACGACAGGCCGAAGGCAUACAGAAGUCUCAUGAACUCGAUUUUUAUUCAACAACGAAGUUCAAGAUCCUCCUAUCUAAUACUGCUUCUGCGUUGAGGAAAGACGAUACAGCAACAGCAUUAAAAUCUAUCGACAACGCCG